AUGAUUUUUCAGUUCUAGUGUAUUAGAAAACAUCUAAUAUUUGAUAAGCAAUACCUAUUAACCUAUGAUGGUUCUAGCAUUUUUAUUGGGGAAACCAAAGCGAAACCCAAAUACCAACUCGAAGUAUCCCUGAGAUCCACAAUAACCUUUCACAUUGAUGAUGAUUUUUAUGGUUUUUCCAUCCCCUACUAAGGGCAAUAAAAACUCUUUAGAGCCAAUGCUAAUAAAAUUCGAGAAUUUAAGAAAUUAAUCGAUGCCAAGAUAGUUUAUCUUGAUAUGAAUUAGUUUUAUCUGCCCCAAUAGGUCUUGGGAGUCGGUGCCUUUUCAUAAGUACAAAUGGUUUAAAAUUUGCAGACGAAACAAUUGGUGGCUGCGAAAUUUCUGAACAAGAUUCGAGAAGGGAAAUCAAAUACAGAAAGAAUGAAUGAUAUCAUAAAUGAAAUAUAAAUAUUGUACCGAUUAAAUCACCCAAAUAUUGUGAAAAUUAAAGAAAUAUAUGAUAAAACCAAUUAAAUUGUCAUCAUCCAUGAAUUUGUCGAUGGUUAAACUUUAGAAAGAUUCAUCAAUGAACAUGGAACACAAUUACAUUAAACUGAAAUUUAAUCAAUUAUGAGAGUAAAACUAUACAAGAUUUCAUUCUAGGAAAUUCUGUUAGCAAUUGUCUAUAUCCAUGAACAAGGUUUACUCCACAGAGACAUCAAACCAGACAACAUUAUGAUUGACAAAAACCUCAAUAUCAAGAUCAUCGAUUUUGGCUUGGCGACAAAACAAGGAAGUCUGUUAUGCUUUCAAAAAUGUGGAACUCCAGGGUAUAUCGCACCAGAAAUUGUCACUUCCAAAAAGUCUCAAUACAUCACCAAAAGUGACAUCUUCAGUCUUGGAGUUGUAUUCUAUAAACUAAUUACGUCGAAAGACUUAUUUUAGUAAUAAUAAUUAGAUAAUUUGUAAUACUGCUAUAAAGAAAACUUACUAUCAAUGGAGCAUUUCAUUGAAUAUAAUAUUCCUGACUCAUGCUUUGAUCUAUUAACUAGCAUGCUUUUUUAUGAUAAGAACAAAAGAAUUAGUGCAAAAGAGUGUUUGCAACAUAACUACUUUAAAGAGAGUCUUCGACCUUCUGCCAAGAAAUCUUAAGUCUUACUACAACAAUCUACUUAAUUCGCUUAAUAGCAAUCAACUAUGUUUUAGUCAUGCUUAUCAGACGGUAGUAGAAAUUAAUCAAGAAAAAUUAGUGAUAAAACAAUGAAUCGAUCUUUAUCAUACAAAAAGUCGGUUAAAUCUAAUAGUUCACUAUGA